GAAGGAGGGGAGAAGCCAGGAUGGCAGCAGACAGCAGCAUGGCUCCCGAAGAAAAGCCGAGUGCUGCUCCUGUGAGAAGGGCUGUCCACAAGAUCCGGAUGGCCAGCCAGGUCUUCAGCUUGGCACGAGGCUGGCAGCAGUGGGCAUCUGACCACCAUGUAAAGCAAGAGCAAGAGCCCUCUGGAUGGGUACCCACUGCAGAAAGCUCAUCAGCUCAGCCUGUACAAGAAAGUUCUUUUGAAAAAUGGCAAAUCCCAUCUGUCAAGAGGGACCAAGAAAAAGAUGAUGAAAAAUCCUUAGCAAAGGAUUCGGUGACAGUAACAGAUGCAGAAAAAAAAUCAAGGGAAUCAGAUGAAGACCUCAAAAUAUUCAGCAUUAAAAGCAAAGAGGUGACCAAAACAGUUGUCAGCAAAGCAUAUGAACGAGGAGGCAAUGUCAGCCUCCUCAGUGAAAGAUAUGAGAACAACAACAGCAGCUCCGAGAUGACCAAACUCAAAGAAGAAUCAAAUGCUAUUGACAAAAUUCGUAGCAACAAAUUACCUUCAAACAUAAGGAGAAAGUGUUCAAAUGUGGUAUCAGAGAUGACCAAGGGCUGGGAGCAGAUGGAAGACGAGGACAAAGAUGGGGCCAAGGGAGAGCUGCUGCUGAAGUGCCGUGAUGACAGCUUGGAUGCCCAGGACAGUGGCUAUGGGGAAGCAGAGGACAAGCUCGAGCAGGAGGACAGUGACCGGGAGGUGACAGCUGUGAGGAUUAAACGCCCUGUCCCAUCUCUCGCCAGCCGGCUGAGCGAGGAGGCGCGGAGCAAGGCGCGCAGGAAAUGCAGCGCCGUGCACAGCCUCAAGGACAGGUGGCAGGAAUGGGCUGACCAGCACAUCAUAACGCAGAAGCUGAACCCCUUCAGCGAGGAGUUUGACUACGAUCUGGCCAUGUCCACACGCCUGCACAAAGGGGAUGAAGGGUACGGCCGCCCAAAGGAAGGCACCAAAACUGCCGAGAGAGCCAAGCGAGCUGAGGCCCACAUCCACCGGGAGAUCAGGGACUUGUGCUUCAUCAUUGAGUCCAUGGCCAAGCCGCGGCCUGACGGCAAGAUCCAAGUCACUUUUGGGGAACUCUUUGACAGAUAUGUUCGUAUUUCAGAUAAGGUUGUUGGGAUUCUGAUGAGAGCCAGGAAACAUGGGCUGGUAGACUUUGAAGGAGAAAUGUUAUGGCAAGGAAGAGAUGAUAAUGUCAUCAUUACUUUAUUAAAAUAAGUUAGGCUAUAAUCAGAACAACUUUGGAAAACUUUUCUCCUCUUCUCCCUUGCCAUUAGCAUUUGCACAUUUUGAACAUAAGG